UGCGCGGUACUAGCUCCCUAGCGCGCUGGGCGGGGUGUGCGGCGAGCGGCUUCCCGGGCAGACGCGGGCCCCGAGGCGGCGGCUGCGCCGUGCGCCGGGGCGGAGCCGGGGGCGGGCGGGCCGGCGGGCGGGGGCUGGGCCGGAGGAAGCCUGAGCGCCCGCGGCGACGACGGCAGCGGCGGCCCAGCAGGCUAGAAGCGUGGGUCCACGGCGGCUCCGGGUGCGGCCGCGGGCUGCGGAGCGAGCGGGUGGCCCGGCUCCCCGCGUCCCCCGCCCGCCGCUACUGUCUGGAAGAUGGCGCCGGGCGGAUGGAAAUCCUAAUGACAGUCUCCAAAUUCGCCUCCAUCUGUACCAUGGGCGCCAAUGCCUCAGCAUUAGAGAAAGAGAUUGGUCCAGAACAGUUUCCGGUCAACGAGCACUAUUUUGGAUUAGUCAAUUUUGGGAAUACCUGCUACUGCAACUCAGUUCUGCAAGCACUUUAUUUCUGUCGUCCGUUUCGGGAAAAAGUCCUAGCAUACAAGAGCCAGCCCAGAAAAAAGGAGAAUCUUCUCACGUGCCUGGCAGACCUCUUCCACAGCAUAGCCACCCAGAAGAAGAAGGUUGGCGUGAUCCCGCCCAAGAAAUUCAUCACACGGUUGCGAAAGGAAAAUGAGCUGUUUGAUAACUACAUGCAACAAGAUGCCCAUGAAUUCCUAAAUUACCUACUCAAUACAAUUGCUGAUAUUCUACAAGAAGAGAGAAAACAGGAAAAGCAAAAUGGCCGCAUACGCAACGGUGAUGUGGACACUGAGGAUAACAACAGCACACCAGACCCGACAUGGGUCCAUGAGAUUUUUCAGGGAACAUUAACUAAUGAAACCAGGUGUCUUACUUGUGAAACUAUAAGCAGCAAAGAUGAAGAUUUUUUAGACCUUUCUGUUGACGUGGAACAAAACACAUCAAUUACUCACUGCUUAAGAGGUUUUAGUAACACAGAGACUCUGUGCAGUGAAUAUAAAUACUACUGUGAAGAGUGCCGGAGCAAGCAGGAAGCACACAAACGGAUGAAAGUUAAGAAACUACCCAUGAUUCUGGCUCUACACCUGAAAAGAUUUAAGUAUAUGGACCAGCUUCAUCGAUAUACAAAGCUUUCUUACCGGGUAGUUUUUCCUUUAGAACUUCGUCUAUUUAACACUUCAGGAGAUGCAACCAACCCUGACAGAAUGUACGACCUUGUCGCUGUCGUGGUUCACUGCGGAAGUGGUCCCAAUCGAGGCCAUUAUAUUGCAAUAGUUAAGAGUCAUGAUUUUUGGUUGUUGUUUGAUGACGACAUUGUAGAAAAAAUAGAUGCACAAGCUAUUGAAGAAUUUUACGGGUUGACGUCUGAUAUCUCCAAGAACUCCGAGUCUGGGUACAUCCUUUUCUAUCAGUCUCGAGACUGAAGGGAGCCAAGGCGGAGAGAAGCGGCUGCAUGCUUCUCUGGUGGUUCCGGAAAGGAUCAAGAAGAGAGAGGUGCAGGACGCUCAGGGCAGUAGCACACUUUGCAUACAAUAAAGCAAAGACCGUGGAUUAACAUGCCCUUCCGAUCACAGUAGUUGAAUUUUUUGCUCAGGAAUCAUGCUGUCUGUGCAGUUCCACACAAGGAAGUGAAAUCAGAGAUACCAGCUCCUCUUGUAAAGCAGCUGCCAGCUGCCGACACACAUUUUCUCUGUAACCGCACCAAUGAUGAUUUGAGUUCCUCGGGAGGGCAGUGGAAGAAUUAGAAUGCUCGGUUGCUGGAGCACGCACGGGAUGCUCACACUGCGGAUGGGAGCAGCUGAGUGCUGUUUUCAUACGUACCUUUUGGAAAGUACCUUUGGGCCCAGCACUCGCAGUUGCCUUCCUGACACCCAGAACUAGCAACACAGAGUCCAGUGUCAGGAAGUCAAGGAUACUCUGCUUCUCUGGAGAAGCGUGUGAUGAUGUACAGUGCGUGUACACAGGGGACAGUGGGUCACAAGUGGCUUCUUGGUUCCCCCAGGGGAAAGACUGGCUUUGUAAUGAUCAUUUUCCUUAUUUAUUUUAUUAAACUGGUGGAGUCCGAGCAUUAUAUGAAGUGCCGGUGAUUCUGUCAGCAAAUCCUAGCACAUUUUCCCAGUGUGUCAGGAGGUAGUUCUGUUGUCUGUCUCUGUAAGGUGAACUGAAGAGUCUAGUAAUCACUAAGAUAAUCAUGACAUGAUCACAGUGGGUGGCUAGAUACUGUCAGGAGGGCUCUCCCUGGCUGAAUAGUUGCUCUUUGUCAUAGUUUGUCACUUGAUUUUUUAAGGUUUUUUUUUUUCAGUGAAGUAGAAAUUCCCUGUUGCUAGAAUGAUAAAGGAAACCCCAGUGUGAUGUCAGCACACUGUCGGCCAGAACCCCAAAACUGCUAGCAGUUGUUAGUCUCUUUAGCCUUGGGAAGGACUGCUGGGCCCAGGCCCAUUAGAACCUCAGCAGCCAGGGAGCAGCUAGAGCCCUUUGGAAGAUUACAAUUUGGUGACAGACCAGUUAUCUAGAGGAGAAGCCCCUCCCCCUCCUGACCUGCCACAGCCAUUAGAAUGGUGUUCAGGAGCUUGUGACACAGUGCAGGGAGUCUCCAUGGACAGCUGAGCAUCAAGUGGUAUGGCAGGGCUCAGUGUAACUUGCAGAAAGCAAUGGAAGAUUAUGGUCCAAGUCCCAGCAGCCCAGCACUGGGUGGUCCAUCACACAGCACUCUGCAUGCCGUGGUGGUGGCCCGUUGAUAAGCCCCUAAUUUUCUAAAGUUAUUUUACUAAAACUGUUGACUGAGAAGCAAACAGCAAAACGAAAUGUUUUUGUGCUGCUAUUAACAUUUAUUUUCUGUACCUUUUAGCUCAGGAAAUGACCUCAUCUAGUCAUCCCAUAAGCCGAUUUAUAACAGGGUCACUUAGCUAAUUGGGCUUCAUAGACAGAUGUGUUGGGAGAAAAACUCAUUUUAUAGUUUCUGAAGCCUUACCUGGCUGGGGUUUGUGAUCUGCCAGCACCGCACAGAGAGCACAGCCAGAAGCAUGGGGGAGUCAGAGCCGUGAGAGCAGGCACACAUCGAGGGCUUCAAACAAAUGGUGCGGGAAUUCAGAACUGCGUAAAAUAUGGCUGAGUCCUCGAGGCUGCCCCUUGCAGCACUAAAGUACUGUGCUGUUGGUUGCACACAGUUUUCUUGACUUUAAAACGUAUGCAGAAGAAAGCCUAGUUCCGCAUGGCAGCAAGUCCUAGCAAGGGUGCUGAGCUGGCAGUCAGCCACUCCCCCGCUCAGGUCCGCUCUGGACAGUCUGCAGGGGAAGGCCUGCUGACUGUUGCCUCUGCUCCUUUUCAUUCUUAGUGAGAUGGAGCUAAGUAAAACAUUUUGAUUUUAUCAGAAACUCAGUAAACUUUAAAAAAAAAAAAUCCAGGGUUUGGGUUGGGGACUGGGAAUAUCAGGUGUAGUAGGUGGAAAAGGUGACCCGGCCAGCACGUAUUCCCAGGCGAUUGUUCUUUGCCUGUGAUUCUGAUGAGGCCAGGUGCAAGUUGCGAACAAGCCUAGUUGCUGUGUAAUUAUGUACAUGUUUGCUGGGGCAGCUGUCCCAAAUUUUGUAUAUUAGAACAAAAGUUUCUAUGAAUUAUCGUAACUAAAAGUAAAUAUUCUAAGUUAAGCCCCACUUCUGAGUCAUGUGACUUUUGCCAUAGGAAUUUUACCUUUAGAAGGUCACUUAAGACAGGAGCCACACGGCUUAGGAAGGGGGCAAGGAAAUGUGCUGUAGUGGCCUCAUGGCCUCAGCCAUCAGUGUAGGGUUUUUCUUUCCUUGAUGGCCGUAGGAAGACCUCACUUUCAUAUACGCCUGAUACUUUCUGUAAAGAUUCUUUUCAUUAAAAAUUCUCUUUGUGAGGGAUGUGGCUGGGAGCUGGGAGGCAAGGUGCUGGAGUCCUGGCUCUCCAGUGAACUUAACUGUGUGACCUCGGGCAAGUCACUAACCUCUCUGUGCUUCAGUCUCCCUCCUGUAAAUGGGAGUAAUACCUACCUCACAGGGUUGUUGUGGGGAUUAAUUAGAGAUAAUGUCUGUAAAGCAUUUAAGGUUCUUGAAGAAGGCGCUAUAUAAAUACAAAAUAAUAUCUAUUAAAGUUGGC